AUGGCUUCUUCUAAUAGACACUGGCCAAGCAUGUUCAAGUCUAAGCCCUGCAACCCUCAUCACCAAUGGCAGCAUGACAUCAACUCCUCUCUCAUCUCAACCGGUUGCCAUAGAAGCCCUUACACUUCAGGAGCUGGUUGUGAGGAGAGAAGUCCAGAGCCAAAGCCAAGGUGGAAUCCAAAACCAGAGCAAAUUCGCAUAUUGGAAGCUAUAUUCAACUCUGGAAUGGUGAAUCCUCCGAGGGAUGAGAUAAGGAAGAUAAGGGCACAAUUGCAAGAGUAUGGCCAAGUGGGUGAUGCUAAUGUCUUCUAUUGGUUCCAGAACCGCAAAUCCAGGAGCAAGCACAAGCUUCGCCAUCUCCAGAACUCAAAGAACCACAACCCUGAAACCCAACAAAACCCAGUUUCUAUCCCCCAAAUCACUGCACCUUCAUCCUCAUCUUCCUCCUCAGAGAAAUCUCCCCCCAAAGAAAUGAUACCCACCAAGGUGUUUUCCAUUGGAUUCUCUAAUGUCACCGAUAUGGUUCCCAAUUCUCCCACCAACUCCGUUAACCAGACCUAUUUUCAGACCCAAAAUGAGACCACUCUCCUUUCACCAGCACCACCCCCUGCUACUUCUGCCGUAGCUGAGGCUUACUUCUUCCCAGUGCAACAUCAUGGGCAUGGAGUGGUGCUACCUAGUGCCGUGACAUCACAAGGGUUUUGCUUCUCGGAGCUGUCCAAUGUUGUUCAAGCUCAAUCACAUGGUCAACAUAAUGUUGGUCCUUGCACUAGUCUUUUGCUUAGUGAGAUCAUAAGCCAUGGUGCUGCUGCCUCAAAGAAAGAUCUAGACCAAGACAAGUCUCUGAAAAUUAUGCACCAACCUUCUCAGCUUAAUUUCUGUGUCUCUCACACAACAACAGCUCCUACUACUGCGACUGUUGUACCUCCCAUUACUGCCACCACCACUACUGUUCCAUCCCCCGUCAUUGCUCAUGUACUUCAAGGCGUUGGUGAUCCAGCUGUUACGCCGAGAUCAACGGUGUUCAUAAACGAUAUGGCAUUUGAGGUAGCGGUGGGACCUUUCAACGUGCGUGAGGCCUUCGGAGAUGAUGCUGUGCUCAUCCAUGCCACUGGUCAACCAGUUCUAACAAACCAAUGGGGCAUCACUCUUCAGUCACUUCAGCAUGGUGCAUGCUAUUAUUUGAGAGUUUCUGACUUUGCGGUCACAUGGAUGGAGGUGAUGUUUGGUUUGGAACGGACUAUAAUUCAGCAUAUUGGUGUUGUGGUGCCUUGCUUUGUGGCCACAUCACCCACCAAGGACGAGGGUGUUAGGUAA